UCUCAACGUUAUGAAAGUUCAAAUGUUUAAAAAACAACAACAAUAGCAAGAAAAACUAAGAAGGUUUGCUUGUAAAGAGAUAACAAUGAGGCAACAAAAAUGCGCCCUGCUCCUGCUGGCCAUGAUGGUUUUAAUAGCCAUGAUUAACAUGAAAGAUCAUGUGGGUCUUUAUUAUAACUCACUGACACAGGAAACACUUGUCAGGAAGAAUCAUUCUUAUUACAAAUGGGUACCUGGGGAGUUAGCUGCUACGAAGAAGUUCAAGGCCGACCAGAAAGCCGUGCAGUCCAUACCCACAGUUACACCUGGGUGGGUCUACAACAAGACAGCUGCUGAUUUGUUUCGGAACCAGAUAAAACACGGCAAUCACAUUAAAAACGGAGAUUUUUCUGACAACACAAGAAACUGCACCAUUGGGCUUCAUAUUUAAGCGCUACCAGUCUGAAACAACGCUAAUGAACGUGUCUAGAGAAAUAUUACACCGAUUUCCUAAAGUUGGUUUUCAAGAUUUAUUGUCACUAAUUAUAAUCUAAAGA